AUGGAGGUCUCGUACGACAAGCUUCUUUCUUCCCCGAUUUUUCAAUUUUUGAUAGGGGCCGAAAAAAAGCUUUUCACUAUCCAUACGGCACUGAUUGUCGACCACUCGGAGCCACUGAGUGUCCUCAUCAGUGGAGGGAUGGCAGAAGCAAGAGAAGGUUAUGCCUGGCUUGAGGACACUGACCCACAAACGUUCGCGCGAUUUGGUCAAUAUCUCUACACGGGGGACUACGAAGCAGCGGACCCGAAUAUUAUCCCAUCACCCCCAGAAAUUGUGUCUAACGCUCCUGAUGAGUUCCCAGACGAUUCGUUAGCUGACACACUUGAGGCAGAAGACCACAAAAUGGGGCUGUCCAAGAAGAAGGACAAGGGUAAGAAGAAACGUUUGAUACAACGAAACGACCCCGUGCAGAUUCUAGAUAUGACAUCAACCAAUUUCAGCGACCUGAAGUACGAUGCAGCGGUUCAUAACUUCAAGAAAGAUCCUCGCCGAAAUAUGGAGCCGUGUGAAGACUAUACUGAAGUCUUUCUAUGUCAUGCCCGACUUUAUACCUUUGCUGAUAAGUAUGACAUCCCUGGGCUCAAAGAUGCUUGUCUUUACAAGUUGCACAAGACGCUCGUCGGUUUCACGCUCUAUAAGGAACGACGACAAGACAUAGUCGAACUAGUUCGGUAUACAUACUUGAACACAAGGGAUAUGAUCGAGCCUAUGGAGAAAUUGCGGUUCCUCGUUAUCCAGUAUGUGGCAUCUGUGGCCCAGGAAUUGGUACAAAGUACGCAAUUCAUCGAACUUCUGGGAAACAUGGGGCAAGUGGGAAGAGAUUUGAUACCGCGAUUGGUUGAAGCGUUUAAACAAGGAUCAAAAGGUCCAUGUGCUUGCGUCUUUCCUUGUGAUUGUAGCCAUUACUGA